CAUAAAAAGAAGGCCGACACAUUACAAAGUGCUCGAUAAUAUAGCAGCAGCUGGUAUCGAAUCGACUACUUAAGCUCUGCUAUUUAUUCUCUUCUCAAAUUCUCUUUCAUUAUUGUCUACUUCGCUAAACCAGAAAAAGAAGAAAAAGGAAAAGAGAACAGAAGCAUGGCUCGUAAUGAAGAGAAGGCGCAGUCGAUGCUAAAUCGAUUUAUAGCAUUAAAAGAACAAGAAAAGAAGAAACCUAAAGAACGCCGUCCAUUCCUAGCAUCCGAGUGCCGCGACCUCGCCGAAGCCGACAGAUGGCGGCAACAAAUCAUGCGAGAAAUCGGCCGGAAAGUCGCCGAAAUUCAAAACGAAGGCCUCGGAGAGCACCGUCUCCGCGACCUAAACGACGAAAUCAACAAACUGAUUCGCGAGAAGUCACACUGGGAGCGCCGUAUAAUCGAAUUAGGCGGUCCUAAUUACACCAGACACGCCCCUAAAAUGACUGACUUAGAGGGGAAUAUAAUUGAUGUACCAAACCCUAGCGGGCGUGGGCCGGGGUAUCGGUACUUCGGUGCGGCGAAGAAGCUUCCAGGAGUUAAAGAAUUGUUCGAGAAGCCGCCGGAGUUGAGAAAGAGGAGGACGAGAUAUGAUAUAUACAAGAGAAUCGAUGCGAGUUAUUAUGGUUAUAGAGAUGAUGAGGAUGGUGUUUUGGAGAAGGUGGAGGUUCCGGCAGAGGAGAAAAUGAGGGCGGCGGCUGUGGAGGAGUGGAGGAGGAUGGAUGAGAUAAGGAAGGAAGCGAGGAAAGGCGCGAAGGAAGUUGUAACGGUUGGGGCUGCGGCUGCAGAGGUCUUGGUUGAGGAGGAAGAGGAUGUUGUGGAGGAAGAGAGGCAGAUAGAGAGGGAGAGAGAGGAGAAGGAGAGAAUGGAGAAGAUGAAUGAAUUUGUUGUACAUGUCCCAUUGCCUGACGAGAAGGAGAUUGAGAGAAUGGUUCUUGAGAAGAAGAAGAUGGAUUUAUUGAGCAAGUAUGCGAGUGAGGGGUUGUUGGAGGAGCAGAGUGAGGCCAAGGCUAUGCUUAAUAUUCAAAGUUAGAGUGUAAUAAGUGUUUCAUUUCAGGUAUGGAGAAGCUAGGGAUCUCCUAAGGAAAAUGCAGAAUUGAUGGUGCCACCUAAUUUAGGGAUGCCCUGUUAGAUUAGUAUUACUCAACCUGCUAAUUUCUCUGCCUGGCUUUGUUUAUUCCAAGAAAGUCGGUGACUUGGCUUUCCUAGUAGUUUAUAAGUACCUUGAUGGAUGUGAAGUUGAGAGAUUGAUAGAGGUUGAAAUCCAAGAAUGGUGGUUUUGGAUGUUGAAAAUGAAGAAUCAUGAUGAUCCCUAAAUCCUUAUGAAUGCAAUUAAUUUUUUGAUA